AUGUCACAGCAACAGAAAACCCCCCGAUCGAAGGCCGCACCGCCGGCGGCCGACUACAAGGCCAUUGCCGAGCAAUUCGCGCGUGCAAAGCGACAGAAGGAGCUGGAGGAGGCCAGCCGGACACCCGGGGAGAUACAGGCUGAGAAGGAGAGGGUGGCCCUGCUGGAGAAGCAACGCGAGGUCUUCGAGGCCCGACGCAAGGACGCGUACGAGCGUAGGUGGUGGUGGACGGUCGGCUUCUGGACGUGGAUGCUGGUUCUGCAUGCCGUCGGCCUCACUUUCUUCACCAGUGGUUUCCUCUUGACGAGGAUGGUGCUGGAUGAGAAGUCGAACUGCACUGCCCCGCCGCUGGACCUGUCGUCGAGCUGGAAGGGCCAGGGCACCGUAGAGGGCGGCUGCUGGCAUCCCAAGUCGUUUGACAAGACCGUUGUCAUCCUCAUUGAUGCGCUUCGGUACGAUUUUACGGUUCCCGUCGAGGACAACGAGCCGUUCCACAACGCGUUUCCGUUCUUGCAUGAGACGGCCGUCAAGUCCCCUGAGCAUGCCUUCCUGCGCCCUUUCAUCGCCGACCCGCCGACAGCUACGCUUCAGCGGUUGAAGGGCUUGACAACUGGCACGCUCCCGACGUUCAUCGAUAUUGGUAGCAGCUUUGGUGGCACUGCUAUUGAUGAAGACAACCUGCUCAUGCAGCUGAAAGACGCCGGAAAGAAGAUUGUGCACCUGGGAGACGAUACUUGGUUGUCUUUGUUUCCUGGUUAUUUCGAGGCCAACGCGAGCAAGGCAUACGACAGCUUCAAUGUUUGGGAUCUCCACACGGUGGACAACGGUGUCAUGGACCACAUCUUCCCACUUCUCAAGAAGGAAGAGAAGGGCAAGUGGGAUCUGCUGAUUGGCCAUUUGCUUGGCGUCGACCACGCUGGCCACCGGUAUGGACCGAACCACGCAGCAAUGACGGCCAAGCUCCAGCAAAUGGAUGUCUUCAUCCGCCAACUUGCUUCCGAGAUCGACGACGACACUCUCCUUGUUGUCAUGGGCGACCAUGGCAUGGACAGCAAGGGUGACCACGGCGGCGAGAGUGAUGACGAGGUCGAGGCAGCGCUCUGGAUGUACUCGAAGCGUCCGUUCUUCGGUCGCACCAAGCCUGAAUACAAGGUGCCUCCCAGCAUGGCCAAGAUUCGACCUGUCAACCAAAUCGAUCUCGUCCCAACUCUUGCGCUGCUCAUGGGCAUUCCUAUUCCAUACAACAACCUGGGAGGACCCAUCGAGGAGGCAUUCGCCGGAAAGAAGGGUAACGCCUGGAACAACCUCGCAACUGUGUCGCGGAUGACUGCCGCCGGCAUUCAGCGGUACCAGGACUCGUACUUUGAGGCCCGUGGCAUUGAUCAGUCCAAGAGCGCCACGGCAGGCCACGUAUCUCAUCUGUGGAGGAAGGCCGAACGCUCCUGGCAGUGGAAGCAGAACCAGGAGGCGUACGGUUUCUACAACAUGUUCCAAGAGGAGACUCUACGCAUCUGCAAGGACCUCUGGGCUCGCUUCGACGUGCCCAGAAUGGUCACUGGUAUUGUUGUGAUGGCUGCUGGUGUUGUGACCCUUCUCGUCUAUGCUUCCCGUGACGAGGAGGAGGACUUCGCGGUUCUCGACGAUCUUGAGCUCGACUUGGCCGAGAAGAAGCUGGAACUUCAGGGGAUCAAGCCCGAUUCUGCUCCCUCCUACAAGACCAUACACCAAAAGAUCUUCGUGGCUGCUAUUCUCGGCGCUGUCCCCGGUGCGGUUGCCGGCACGGGCUACUCCAUCUUCACGACUCCUGACGACCUCAUCUACGCCAUUGCCGGUGCUGCAUUCACCAGUGCCAUUGGAGUGCUGUUUUCGUUGUCUGGCUUUGGCAAGACUAUUCUCAACCUCAUGCCAAACAACAUCUGGGGGUGGCUGGCUGUCAUCUUCACCUUGAGCCAGUCGAUCGGCUUCGCAUCCAACUCUUACACCAUUUGGGAGGACUCAAUCCUUCUGUUCUUCAUCACAACUUUUGGCGUGGUGAACGUCUUCGCUGCGUUCUCCGUACCUACGAUGAGGGAGCGAACCCUCGCAAUCUACCACUCCGUUCUCUUUGUUGUCUUGGGCAGAGUUGCCUCCUUCUCGAAGCUCUGUCGCGAGGAGCAGAUGCCAUACUGCACCUCGACCUACUACGCCUCCGCUACCUCCUCGACCUCUGCUACGUGGCAGCUCAUCAUUCCAUUCGCGGUCGCGCUCAUUUUGCCGUCGAUCAUUAAGUCGUUCCUCCUGCCUUCGCGGUCUUGGGAGGGCCUCGCACCCGCCUGGAUCGGAUACGUGUACCGUAUCGGCCUCUUCAUGUCGGCCACCUACUGGGUCUUAGACGCUGCCGACAACGGCGAGUGGUUCCCCAGCCUGCCGUCCCAGACUCUUAAGACUGCGGGAGUGUAUCUCGCCCAGGUCGUCUUGGCUUUGGUAUUUGUUGCCGGAACGACUGCGUUCGUCUGGGCACCGCCUUUAGUCACGAUCCUGACGACACCGGCCAAGAAUGGCAACACUCAGAUCACGGUUCUGGGCUAUGGCAACGCCAACGGAGCCAGGUAUCUGCUUUUGCCGAUGAAUAUUGUGGGUGCCUGCAUCCUUUUGUCGAAGCCCAUGGGAGGCGGUGCUUUGGCUCUCUUGUUCUGGCAGAUCAUGUCGUUGGUGGAGAUUCUUGACCUCAACUCUCUGACGACGGAGGCCAUUGGCCCAGUCAUGCUGGGUGUCCUCGGCAACUUUGGUUACUUCAAGACGGGCCACCAGGCCGCUCUGAGCAGCAUCCAGUGGGAUAGCGCCUUCAUUCCCCUCUUCUCGAUCCGCUACCCCUGGACUCCGAUCGUCGUCGCUCUCAACACCUUCGCCGGCCAGAUUAUUUCAGUCGUGGCCAUUCCGCUCAUCGUUGUCUGGAAGGUCGGUCCUAAGAGGAAGGGCGUUCUCGAGAGCGUCAGCCGAGCACUAGGCAUCUUCAUCGCCUACUUUGCUGUUGAGUCCCUCGCAACCAUGGCGUGGGCUGGCUGGCUGAGGAGACACCUCAUGCUGUACAGAGUGUUUAGCCCCCGCUGGAUGAUGGCUUCGGCGGUGCUCCUUAUCGUGGAUCUGGUUGCGCUCGUCAUCACACUCAUCGGAGUCAGGUCCAAUACCCUGGCCGUGAGCGAGGUUUUUGGAUGGACCGAUUAA